AUGGCUACAGAGGUCGAGACGGUCAGGACAGCGCCAGAACUACCUCGGUACAUCCAGGUGCCAGAGACGAAACAUGAGUUGGAUUGGGCGGACCUCGCUACGCUGGAUCUGUCACAAUAUGAUGUCCCUGGCGGCAAGCAGAAGUUGGCUGACCAGCUUUUCCAUGCUAUUCAGAGUGUUGGCUUCUUCUACAUCAUCAACUUCGGAUUGACGCAAGAAGAGGUAGACCGUCAAUUCGCCAUCGGAAAGCAACUGUUUCAACUCCCCAUGGAGGAGAAGUUGAAGUACCGGGCAAACCUAGAAGAAGGAGGGUACAAUGGCUACAAGCCACUGGGGCUGCGAGAGAUCCGGCCGGGCAAGUUCGACAACACGGAGAUAUACAACAUCCCCAAGUUCAUCCCAGCCUACGAGCAGGAGCACCCGGACAUCAUCAAGCAGCACAAGCCCGAGAUUGAGCGCUUCGCGCGUCACAUCUUCGACUCAAUCGUGCAGAAGCUGCUCGUCCUCGUCGCCAUCGUGCUGGAACUGCCGGAGAACUACUUCCUGGAGCGGCACCGGUACGAGGACCGGAGCGACUGCCACCUGCGGUACAUGAAGUACCACAAGCGCAGCGCGCAGGAAAACGCCGAGCUGGAGAACGUGUGGGUCAAGGGACACACGGACUUUGGCAGCCUGACGCUGCUGUUCCGGCAGCCGGUGGCGUCGCUGCAGGUGCGCACGCCGCAGGGCGAGUGGAAGUACGUCAAGCCGCACCCGGCGAGCAUCACGGUCAACCUGGCCGACUACCUGGACUUCGUCACGAACGGGUUCCUCAAGAGCAGCGUUCACCGCGUGGUUGCGCCGCCACCGGACCAGGCCGACGUCGAUCGGCACGGCGUCUUGUACUUUGUCAGGCCAACGGACGACACGGAACUGCAGGCGGUGGAGAGCGGCGUGCUGACGAAACUGGGGUACGGCCAGGCCAAAGACGAGGCGGCGGUGGGGAUCACGGCAGGGCAGUGGGUGAAAGGGCGGGUCAAGACGAACGUGAUGAAGGUGCCGGAGAAGGGGAAGAACGACCACGUUAUCGUCAAUGGCGUCAAGGCGACGUACUACGACUGA